AGGAUGAGACGACGGCGGCCAUCUUGAAGCGUCUGGGGGGCUCCCAUGAACAGAAGAUGGAGCCAUCUUGUUUCCCGCUGCCCCUAAGACGAGGCCAAGAACCAAUGGACUUCAAUGGCAAGAUGGCACCUAAACAUUAGGAAGAACCGUCCAACAGCACCUCAAGGGCUGGCGGCCUCUCUAAGGAGUUUAUCACACUGGAGGGAAACCGGGAGUUAAACGUGAUAUAAUACAAAGAUUACCCGGAAAUGUCCAAAGUUUAUCACACAACGUCGCAGUUAACGUGAAAUAACACAAAGUUAACCCACAGUUAAAGUGAAGGAAACCGGCAGCUUUUUACAUUCGGAACAAACCGAAUUUUAAAAGCUGCUGGUAACUUCGCGUUGUUUCAUUUUAGCAGCGAUUAGUGUGAUAGACUUUCCGAAUUUGCAAGUUGUUUAAAUUCUAAUUCAACUUAACUCUUGUUUAAUUCCCGUUUUCUCGCAGGAUCUCGCUAGUGUGAUACACCUCGAAGAUCCUAUGACUCUAUGGGACGUGUCUGACCAACAUGCUUUGUUGUUGUUGUUGUGGGUCUUGAAAUCCUUUCCAACGUGGCGACCCUAAGGGUAUUUCUUGGCAAGAUUUGUUCAGAGGGGCUUUACUUUUCUCUGGGGCUGAGAGAGUGCAACUUGCCCAACAUCAUCCUAUGGCUUUCCAUGAUCUCCAGAGACUUGUCGUCUCAGUAUUGAACCCACUACACCAUCCUGGCUCUUGUCGUUUAUGGUUCAAUACUUUCAGGUGUUUUGGGGCCAUUUUGUGGCUAACUGGAAAACUUUGGCUUCCCUUCACUGUUGGAAAAAUGCUGGGCUUGGUCCACUUUGCAAAGAAUUGCUGGGCUUGGUCCAUUUUGCAGUUCCUGGUAGGAAACGUAUUUCAAGAAGGGGAAACAUUACUGGAUCGGAAGUGGACUUGUCGCCGUCAACCUGGGCAAAUUCUCAAUAGGUAAAUUUUUAUUUAAAUCGGAUCAAGGUCUCUGUUUUUCGAGACCUUUGGGUGACACCCCUCCAGCUGCUGCCAAACCCUGUUGGCGAACCCGGCUCAGAAUUCCUCCAUCCCAAGUGGAUUAAUCAAUGUAUUUAUUAGGCUUAAGGACCAAAUCCUGCUAAAGCCAAGACUUUGCCAGAUAAACAGGCUGCUUUGCGAAGGCAGUCCGUUUGUGAAAACACAAUUAGGAAAACCUGGUAAUCUCCACUAAUUACAAGCCAUCCCUCGGGCGGCCUCUUCAUUUCGUCUGGACGUCCGGCGGGGAUUUUGGGACCGGUUCCUCCAGAAGAAGGGAGAUGACUUGUGACCGAGGCUGGUCCCAAGUUGUGUGAAGCAUGGAAGGAGCUGAAGGCGAAGCCCAGAAGCCGCCCGGGGUCUCUUUUACCAUCGAUUACCUACUUUUCGAUAAAGGAAAGCCGACCCGAAGAGACCCAGAACCUAGUGGUCAAGUGGAGCCGGAGGAAGGGAGAAACAACAACGAAAUUGAAACACCGAGAGCUGGGAUGUCUCCGGACCUUCUGGACAAACCCAACCAGUCCUACAUUGCCUUGAUCUCCACCGCCAUCCUCUCUUCUCCAGAGAAGAAACUUCUGCUCUCCGACAUCUACCAAUGGAUUAUGGACAAAUAUCCGUACUUCAAGAACAAGGAGAAGAGUUGGCGCAACAGUGUCCGCCACAACCUCUCCCUGAACGAGUGUUUUGUCAAAGCCGGACGCAGUGAGAAUGGGAAGGGCCACUUCUGGGCCAUCCACCCGGCCAACCUGGAGGACUUCUCCAAAGGCGACUACCACCGACGCAGAGCCCGGCGCCGGAUCCGCAGGAUGGCUGUCAACUUUGGCUACUACCACCCGUACGCCUUCUAUGGACUCGGCUGCUGCCCGCCGGGACGCUACUGCCUUUGCUGCCCCCCAUAUGCCCACCCUGGCAUCACCAUCCCGCCUCACCCGCCAGCCUUCCCGCCUCUCCUCUUGCCCACGGCAGGGGCUUCGUGGCCUCACCCCUUCCUUGUGGGGAAGACGGAUAAACCUCAGGGGGAGAAACGGCACAGCUGGGCCACCUGGAGCCGGUCACAUCUCCAAGUCACACAGGUGCCAACCCAUGCCAACCUGUGACCUCCUUUCCCCUUGCCCCACUUGGAGACACAUGGCACCCUCUCAGAGACACUCUCGCCUUGGCAGCCAACAUUUUUUGGGGCCAGUGUUACUUCUUGCUGGUUCCUGAAGAACUUUCAUUAGCAAUUGGCACAAAUGGGGCACCAGUCCCUGGCACUGGGGGCAAUUUUUUUUAAAAACUGCCACUCUCCUACAUCAGGCUGAAAAGCACUACUUCAGGGGUGUUGCACAGCUUUGGGGAGAUGCUGCAUGGCUCUCUGCUGAUACAGAUAUCUGGUCUGUAAUAAUCUUUUGGCUGGAUUUGAACUCUGGACCUUCUACACAGAAAGGACAUGCUCUGCCGCAGGACUACAUGGCAAAGCUGGUGCUAUUAAGACGGGGGCCUGGGUCACUGGUGCUGUUGUUGUUUUCCUGACCUACAAGUCCCAUCCUCCCACCCUUCUAGUGAGUCCAGCCAAGGAUGCGGGGAGCUGCAGUCCGACAGCAUCCGGAAGGCUGCCUUCAUCCAUCCCCUGUGCUCAAGAGAACAAGAUGAGAACUUUAUUGGGAGAAAGAUGGUGAAAAUACUCCAUUUUCCCCAUAGCAGAUAGGCUACAGCAACAGACUCAGUCCUGUUCAACUCUCUGUUGAACAGGACUGAAAGUCCAUCUAGACCUGUGUUCAAAUUCUGACAGGGUUCCAGGAAGCUCACAAGAUGGACAGGAGGCACCAGGCCAUUCUACAUGGAUUUAUCACUGGGGCCCCUUAUACUGCCUUUGUGGAGGCAGAAUUGAGGUUCUUUGUCAUUUCGUUCAACAUGCUCUGAAUGUGUCUUUUCUUUGAAAAAGGACAGAGGGGGGAAUCCUUGGACUACCCCUCCUAUGCUCCCUUAUACUUCCCGGGGCAUCUGGGAAUUGAAGUCCCAACUUCAAUGGGCAAAAGGUUUCACAAUGGGCUUUAAGGACAGAUGCAAGGAGGUAUGCAUGAUCUGAACCCAAAGCUAUCAGGGGAUGUCUCCAUUUCAGCAAUAGGGCUGUGGGGAGUGAGGACCCAAAUGGGCCGAGUCUGGGAAUGAGGUUCAAAUCCGGAACAAGGUGGGUGUCUCCCAAAGUGAAUAGAGUUUGUGCAGGGGAUGGAACAUGUGCAGAUUUUAAAACCUGGGCCAGGUUGCUAAUACUUUGUAAGGCCAAUGCAAGUAUGACCACAUGGGGGGAAACGGACGCUGGAAAAGGACGAUUUCCAGCUUUUAAU